GCCCGGCAGGUUGGCGUCUCAGUCUCGGAGCCUGGGAGCAAACGCAGCUUUUCGCACCCCGACUCCAGCGCCGACCCAGACCAGGACCAGGACCUAGAACCUCUCCAGUGGCAGUGCAGGGAGCAGGGCUCCCCGCAAUAACUUCCUGCACGCAGCUCCGCCAUCCCCAGGAGCCCCGGGUGCGCCCUUGCAAACUCCGCCUGCUGCACCUGCCACCACUGAGCCAGCCCGGGCGCGCGAGUGAGCUAUGGCCAACGCGGGGCUACAGCUACUGGGCUUCAUCCUGGCCUUCUUGGGCUGGAUCGGAGCCAUCGUCAGUACGGCAAUGCCCCAGUGGAAAAGUCACUCCUAUGCAGGCGACAACAUCGUGACGGCCCAGUCCAUCUACGAGGGACUCUGGAUGUCCUGCGUGUCUCAGAGCACCGGGCAGAUCCAGUGCAAAGUCUUCGACUCCUUACUGAAUCUGAACAGCACUUUGCAAGCAACCCGUGCCUUGAUGGUGGUCGGCAUCCUGCUGGGACUAAUAGCCAUCUUUGUGGCUACUAUUGGCAUGAAGUGUAUGAAGUGCCUAGAAGACGAUGAGGUCCAGAAGAUGCGGAUGGCUGUCAUUGGGGGUGUGAUAUUUCUUAUUGCAGGUUUGGCUGUUUUAGUUGCCACAGCAUGGUAUGGCAAUAGAAUUGUUCAAGAAUUCUAUGACCCUAUGACCCCAGUCAAUGCCAGGUAUGAAUUUGGUCCGGCUCUUUUCACUGGCUGGGCUGCUGCUUCUCUCUGCCUUCUGGGAGGUGCCCUACUUUGCUGCUCUUGUCCCCGAAAAACAACAUCUUACCCAACACCUCGGCCCUAUCCAAAACCGGCACCCUCCAGUGGGAAAGACUACGUGUGACACAGAAGCAAAGGAAACAAUCCUGUUGGAACAAACAGAAACAAACAUGGAAAUAGUAUCAUUGACUUUAAGAACUUAGGCUUUGACUAUUGUCAUCUGAACUGUGGUAUUACUAAAAGAACCCAAGAAACAAAAAAAGAUAUUUUUUUAAAUACCCAUUGCUAAAAAUGGCUUGGUUUUAUUUUAACUCCUUUCCUUAAUACAGGAGGGAAUCCUUUUCCAUUUGUAUUACUGCUUCCCACUGAGUAAUCAUCUCAAAUGUGGGGAGGGGACAUCCUUAUAUAUAGAUAUGUAUAUAUGCAUGAUUUUCUAUAAAAAAUAGAUUAGAUAGUAAAAUCUCUUCUUAUUUGGCAACAGCAUACUUAAAAUACAUCUAAAAUAUAUAUUUAAAUCUGUAUCAAUUAAAUAAGCAGUUGAUUUGGUAUGUCUCUCCUUUCUAUAUGUAUACAUGUAUAAUAGAUCAGAUGUCAUUUACCCUCUUUCCUCAGCUUUUAGUGUCUUUUACAUAAGACCUAACCUACUAUACCAAGUAUAAAUUCUUUCAAUUCUUCACAGGAGCCUUUUUCAUAUACUUAAUUUUUUUUUUUUUUUUUUACCAUGAUCUUAUGGCACUUGCUCUGUUAUCAGUCAUUCUUCAUGCCUUUAUUUGUUUUAUUAAGUUAAGCUAACUCUUGAAUCUAAUAACACAUUUCAUAAGCCUAUUCUUUAAUUUCUAAAAUUGGCAAGAAUAUCUCACAACUCAGAGCUUUUAGGGCAAAUCUUUCUGCAUGACCAUAGGAUAUAUUUCCAUUGACCUUCCCACCUGAUCUCUGUACUCUGACCUGCAACACUGUUGUUUGCUUUGAAAAUAUUUGUCUCAUUGCAUAGCUGUGUGUUGCUUCUCCAAGCAUUGUAACAUGAGUUUAUUGAUUGAGUUUUUAAGCUACUUAUUUACAGUUGUAAAUCUCCCCCCUCUCUCCUCGGCUAUAUUGUUUUCUCAGAUGUAAUUAUCAUGUAGUUUACCUCUCCCCAGAGAGAUAUGGACUGUCUCUCUGCAUGAAAUGCUAGAUUUUCUGUAGUGAUAAUCUGGUGACAAAUAUUCUCUCUGUAGCCAUAAGCGAGUCACUUAAUCUUUCUCCUCUUUUCCCAUCUGUUAAAUUGCAAUAAUGAUACUUAACUAGCUGGUGGAGGUAGUGUGAGUAUUAAUUAGUUGGUAUUAUGCUCAUUCUUUGAACAUUAAAUAUGUCUAAGUGGUGUUUGUAUUUCCUCAGCUGGCUGUUAGAAGUCAUCGAACCAAACUUACACACACACCUUCACAUUGUUUAAUAGCUUCCUUUCUCCUCCAGUUUAUUUCCUUACUUUCAGCUGUGCCAAACAUGUUGUUGGUGCUCUGUUCCAUUUUAACAAUUGCUCUUAGUUUUCCAGUCUGUGGAAAAUGCUACUUCAUUUGAGCAAGAUGUUGUAAUGAAAAGGGUGUUGGUGUUGGUGUCUGGAGACCUGAUUUGAGUCUUGGUGCUAUCAAUUACCGUCUGAGUUUGGGCAACGCACAUGGAUGGCCUAGAUUUAUUGUUUCAUCUGUAAAACGGGGAUUGUGAUUCCUGACCUGCCUACUUCGCAGGGCUUUUGUGGGGAUCUAGUGAGAUAGAAUAUAUGCAAAUGUGGUUUGUAAGGUGAAAAGUACUGUACCAGGAGAAAGAACUAAGGAGUUUAAGUACAAAGAUUUUGGAUUAUUUUUCAAAUGACUGAAAAGAGGGAAAUUUUAAGAAAUGAGUUUCUUAUGUUAACCAGUCGCUCAAGUGAUAAAGCACUACAGUGAAAUUCAGCUUACUAAAUGAAGAGGAUUCUAAGGAAGUCAAUUUCUUCAGACAGUAUGACCUGAUACAUUUUUGUGGCUAAGUUUUUCUCCUUUUAGAAAUGCAGACUUGACCUAGAACAAGUCUGUAGAUAUAACGGAUAAAACAGAAGUGUAACUGUUGACAAAGCCAAAGUAUGAAAGAUUUUUUGAAUUCUAAUAACUUGCAAGGAUAUUUAAGGUGAUAUCUGUUAAGCGAUGCCUUCGGAGGUGUUGCUUUUAGCUAGCAGCUAGCACAGCAAGGAUAGUUUGGGAAUGGUAAUUCAUAGUAAAACCAUGUGGAAGUUAUCCAAAGGACUGCAUCAUAUGAGGAUUUGAAUACAUUAAAUUUUAGUGUGGCUUCCAAACCUGAGAGUCUAUGCUUCCAGAAGGUAUCACUCAAAGAGCCUCUGCUACAUAUGUAGAUCUUAAUGAUGUGUGAGUGUAAAUACAUGUGGUUACUAUUUGCUAAAUUCUACAAAGAAAUCAGUAAUUCAAAAUGACCAACAGAAUUGUUACACCAGAAUUUAUUCAAUUUUGAUGUUUUUGUACUCUGUUACUAUACUUGGAAACAGACUCAAAAGAUAUUUUUGGUUUUUGUAAUGGAAAUUUGUAUAAAGCAUUAUUCUUUUUCAAUAAA